UUUUUCAGCAGUAGAUACUUCUAUUCAGUUACAGUACAGCUCAAAGUUGUUACUUGUUAGUCAGUUUUUUUUAUCACACUUCAUUAAAACAUUUUGUACUAUACUUUGUAUAAAUACACACCCCUUAUUUUUCAGUACUCUUCAAUCAUUCAACAAAAGACAUGCUUGGUUUCCUAUAGCAUUAAUAACAAGAGACAAAGGAAGAUCAUUUCUUCCUCCUCCUCGUCAUCAUCAUCUAUCAUCUCUCAUCUCUUUCUCGAGCAAUGGCUCUUCCAGUACUUCUUCUCCUUCUCUUCAUCACAAUCCCCUUCUCAGAAUCCAAACUCUCCAUGGAAUACUACAAAAAAACAUGCCCCGAUUUCGAAAGCAUUGUACGUGACACCGUGAGCUUAAAACAAAUGGCCAACCCCACCACCGCCGCCGGCACUCUCCGCCUCUUCUUCCACGACUGCAUGGUCGAAGGCUGCGACGCCUCCAUUCUCAUCUCCUCCAACCACAUCAACAUCGCAGAGCGCGAUGCCGACAUCAACCAAUCCCUCUCCGGGGACGCCUUGGAGGUCGUGGCACUUGCCAAGACCGCCCUUGAGCUCACCUGCCCAGGCAUUGUCUCCUGCUCCGACAUCCUCGCCAUAGCCACACGCGACCUCGUCACCAUGGUUGGAGGCCCAUUUUACAACGUCCGCUUGGGACGAAAAGACGGAAAGGUUUCUCAAGCUUCAAGAGUGGAAGCCAAUCUCAUCAGAAGCAACCGAACCAUGGAGGACAUCAUCAACUACUUCGCGGUUAAAGGCUUCACGAUCGAAGAGAUGGUGGCUUUGAGUGGUGGACACACAAUUGGAUUCUCCCAUUGCAAAGAAUUUGCGGAUAGAAUUUUCAAUUACAACAGAACCACACCAACAGAUCCUGAAAUGUACCCAAACUUUGCCGAAGGGCUGAAGAAAACUUGUACCAACUAUCAAACGAACACCGCAAUGUCUGCUUUCAAUGACGUGAUUACCCCGGGGAAGUUUGACAAUAUGUAUUUUCUGAAUCUAAAGAGAGGGUUGGGGCUGUUGUCUUCGGACCAUGCACUUGUUAAGGACCCAAGGACGAGGCCGUUUGUGGACUUGUACGCUGCCGACCAGGAUGCUUUCUUCAAGGCUUUUGCUCAUGCGAUGGAGAAGCUUGCCCAUCAGGGAGUUAAGACUGGUCGCAAGGGUGAGGUCAGGCACAGGUGUGAUGCGUUCAACUUCAUUCAGGCUUAGAAAAAGAUUGUUGUCGGCCACGAUUGAAUUCACCGGAUAACAAGAGAGAGAGUUUUUUAUUUGUUUUUAUUUAUCGUUUUACAUAUGAUUCAUUGUAUCAAGAUGAUUAUAAUGAUCAUAUAUGCAUAAUUAUAUGA